UCCUGUGUGCUUUCUGUUGCUCUAAGCAACAGGCUAAACGGAGUGAGAUUGACAUAGACCACCUGAGACAAUGUCUCACAAAACAGGAGCAGAGACAGUCAGCGCCCUAGAAAAACAAAGGGCAAAAAGCCACAAUGUGGUAAAAAAUAAAGGUGAGGAAGAGCAUGGCGACAGUAGCAGAACAGGAGGAGGACACGAAGGCAGAAAGGCAUCUCUGCAAGCAGACAGACCUGACAGAACAAGCCCACAGGCUGGGCAUGAUGAAGGCCAUCAUUCUGUUGGGAGAGGACACCACAGGGGCAAAAGAGUCAGUGAUGCACAAAGCAUUACAACAAAGACAUACUCUCCUUUCCUCAAUGCACUCUUCAGCAAGGAAAGAGAGCUAGCACCAGAGGAGAUGGAUGAGCUGCAUGCUGCAUUUGUGGAGUUUGAUGCAGAUCAAGAUGGGUAUAUAGGAUAUAAGGAGUUGGGUGAAUGUAUGAGGACUAUGGGAUACAUGCCAACAGAAAUGGAGCUGAUUGAGAUCUCUCAACACAUUAAGAUGAGAAUGGGGGGACGUAUAGAUUUUGAAGAUUUUGUGGAACUCAUUGGCCCAAAGAUGUUGGCAGAAACAGAAAAUAUGGUUGGAGUAAGAGAGCUUAAAAUUGCCUUCAAAGAGUUCGAUGUGAAUGGAGAUGGUCAUAUUAGUGGUUUAGAGCUUCAUGAUGCUGCUCAGAGCUUCUUGGGAGAACCGCUGAACUCCAGUGAAGUCCAGGAAAUGAUUCAUGAUGUAGAUCUCAAUGGGGAUGGCAGAGUUGACUUUGACGAGUUUGUCAUGAUGCUGUCUUCAAGAUAAGUUCAACGACACACAUCUGAGUGAUUCCUUUUAAAACUUCAUAGAUCAAAUUGUCGUGCCAUCUGAAAGUCAAGGAAUGUGUGGAAUCUGAAAGUCAAGGACAUUGCUUUGUAUUACCUUUAUUUUUGAAGUACAUAAGUCAUAUUAGUAUAAUGUACCUUUAUGUUUUAAAGGAAAAUUGAAUCGUUUUGGAUCGCUCACAUUUAUAACUAUGCAUAAAAUUAUUUGUAAUAACAGCUAAUUAGCUAUAACAUUAAUAUAGCUUGGUCAACAUGAAAUUUGUGCAAUUAUUUCGUACCACCUGUAACCUAGAGUAACCAAUGGGAAAAACUGAGGUGGCAAAGAAAUUGUAGUGUAAAAAGUAGGGCAUGAUUCCAACAACGUUUUUUGGCAGACAUUUACAGAUUCCCACAAACAUGCAGGAGUAAAAUAAAAGUAAAUAUUUAUUCAAACAUGAGUAGCAUACAUGAUAGCUUUAUGUAUUUUGUAACAAAGCACUUACUCAUAGACUAGUUACACAAUACAAUGUUCAUACAAUAUAUACCCAUACUAUAUCAAUAGGCAUGGUUAAGGCAAUCAACCACUGACCGACCAUUCUGAGUGUUCUUAAUAAUUUUUACUAAGAGCUCUCAUAAAGGGGAAAAAUAAAGAAUAGACAUCCAUAAGCUAACAUCAUUACUUACAUGAUCUAAACAAAAGUAAGAUCUAAACAAAAAUAUGAUAUCAUACUUGCAUUUACUGGAGUCUCACCAUAGGUUUAAGUAUUUAAGAGGCAUACUUUAUUGGUAAACAAUCAUAGCCAUUUACUAGACAAUAUAAGUUAAAAACAAUUAAAAACAUCCAGUAGACACUAGACUCUCACCAAAUUCCCUCUUAGCAUAAUACAUUUGUAUUAGUAUAUUUGCAGCACCAGUCUUUCAGUACACUCAUACCGCACUUACAGCUUAUACACGUACAAGUAUGGGACCUGUUUUCUGGAUAACGGGUCUUUCUGUAAUUUGCAUCUUUGUACCUUAAGUCUACCAGAAAAUCAUGUAAACACUAAUUAAACUCAAUACGCUUGUUUUGCUUACAAUAAGGAUUAAUUAUAUUGUAGUUUGACUCAAGUACAAGGUAUUGUUUAUUAUUGCAGAGAAAAAUUUUAUUGUUUUAUCCAAAUAAUACAAAUGUUUAAAAACUAAGUCUAUGGGAGAUGGCCUUUUCAUAAUUCAAAGGUUUGUGGAUAAUGGGGUUCUGUUUUAAUAACUCCUAUAUCAAAUAUAACAUUAUCAAAAUGAGUGGUAGGUUUAUGUUUGAACACAAUUUUUAAAUGAAUGUUAGUGGGAAACGCAGAUGAUUAAUCUCCUCUUUUUCUAUCCACAGUAUCCAGGCACUUAAGAAGGUUUAGAUAUAUUGCAACAUGAUCUCCUACAUCAGACAGUAUUCAAAUGAGCCAUGUUCAGUGCAGUGAUCAGUAAUACUAGCCUAUUUAAAUGCAAACUCAAUACAUGUUGGUUAAACUGCUACACUGAGUCCCAUAGUGCUGCUGCUCUCAUAAAGGUGGGUGCUAAAGUGGUGGAGUGCUGGCAGAAAAACCUGACACUUGUUUUGUGCUGCAAUAGAGUUUCUACUUUUGAUAACAAAAGCCUUCAAUUGUCAUAUUGUUCAUAAUAACAGUAGACAUCAAAGUCUGACUUAAGUCCUAGAGGUUGUCUAGUUCUAAAAAUAAAGAGAUUUAACCACUUUUUUUAUUGAAGAGAAAAAAAGUUUGCCACCCCUACAUCCAGGCAUUAUUCUCUAAUGCCUGAAUGUCGGGGCUAUCUCUAUUCUCUACUAAAUAAAAAAAAAGAGUUUAAAUGAUUGAUUGCCUUAACCAUGCCCAGUGAUAUAGUAUGGGUAUUGUGCAAACAUAAUACUGUGUAACUAGUGAACAGAGUAAGAGAUUUAUCAUAAAACGUAUAGGGAUUCACAAUAUUUGAAUAAAGAUUUAUGAUUAUUUUACUCUGUGAGUGUCUGCUGAAAAAAAUUGUUGCUAUUUCCUCCUAAAGCUGCAGAGUAAAUGCAUGUGUUCCAGCUUUAUUCUAAGAGUGCACACUAUAAAAAUUGUCCUCAGUCUUUUUUUAAACAUCCUUUUCUUAAAAGCCAACACAUUAUACAGCUUUAUAAUUUCCUGUGAAAACGAUCUCAUUGUUAGAUUGUUCUUACUAUAUUAUUGUUAUAUUUGUUGUGUUCUUUCAACAUAGCUUUAUAAAUAUGUACAUUAGAGAAAAGAAUGUGCUGAUUACAGUGAAUCCGAUUAAUUACAGAAUAGGAUACAGUAUGUUGUUUUUGUUCCAAUUUAAAAAAAACUAAGCAAAUUCCUUAUUCUGAAUAAAUUAUAUGAAAGCUGA